AUGCCCACUCUCAAAGCGAUAGCCGCGUCGACGCUAUCUCUCCCCGCGGAGAAUUACAUCUACUCCAUCACUGCGUCGGCGCCAGGUUCCUUCGCUGUCAUCUCAUCCGAUGAUUCUUUACGCGUGUUUAAUGCUGCCAAUAUCGACCAUGUGUCAGUGGUCUCGCACAAAACCCACGAUGGAGGUGUCACCUCGCUGCGGAGCUAUCCUGCGGGGGAUUCCCAGCUCCUAGCCACUGGAGGUCGGGAGGGCACAGUCAAACUAUGGGAUGUCCGAGCCGGGAAUGCGGUAUUGGAAAUGGAGAUGUCGAGACACAGUGCUGUCCUCUCGCUUGCUUGCAGCCCGGAGACCAACACCAUCGUAGCCGGUUCAGAACUGGUUUCAUCGCAAGCAGUUGUUGCAUUCUGGGAUAUCAGAUCGCCACAAGCACCUCGUCUCCAAUACGUAGAAAGCCACAAUGAUGAUAUCACAGAGCUCCAAUAUCACCCGAGUCGCAGCAAUAUCUUACUAUCCGGCAGCACGGAUGGGCUCGUAAAUAUCUACGAUACAACAGUGAUAGACGAGGAUGAGGCCCUGGUGCAGGUCAUCAACCACGGCUCCAUACAUCAUGCCGGCUUCCUUUCCGAUCGCACCAUCUUCGCUCUCAGCCACGACGAAGACUUCGCUGUGCACCCGGCUACUGACCCAGACGAUCCUGGGGAAGGGCCCGAGCCCGUGCAGUUUGGCGAUGUGCGUGAGCCGCUGGCUUGCGAGUACGUCGCUCAACUGUGCAUCGGUAGCCAGGGCCCAUAUAUGGCGGCCGGAAAUAAGAUUGAUCAGCGCCUGGAUCUGGUCCCAUUGGUAUCUAGUCCAGCGUGGCAGUUUGAUAAGGAUAACACCUGGCGUCUUCCUGGUGCGCAUGGUGAUGAAGUUGUGCGCGCCGUUUAUCUCGAUGAGCAGAGCCAGUCCGUCUUUACUGGCGGAGAGGAUGGAUACGUACGGGCCUGGAAGCCCACCGAGGAUGGAGAUGCGCAGUCUCAGGCUGGAUCUGCGAAGCCUUCGCGGAAGGAUAAGAAACAACAAAAGGACCAAGGACGCUUUAAGCCGUACUAG